AUGGAUUCAAAGGAUAGACGUUCUGAAAUUGAAUUAAAGAAACAAAAAUUAUAUGAAAUUCGCAUAGCAAAAGAAAUACGUAGGCAACAGCUAGGAAAAGUAGGAGACACAUCCACAUCAGCAGGUGAAUCCACUAGUACAACUCCAAUCAGCACGGAUCCCGAUAAGAUUCUGGAACCAUUUGGUAUUAAACUAAGUUCAAGUGCCAGUUCGUUGUCAUCGCCACACAUUCCAGCUUCUUCUUUUACAUCAGCGAUAAAUCAAUCAUUGUUACAGUCGAAAAAAGUAGGAGAUUUAAAAAUCGCUCAUGUAUCGAAAGUGAACGUUGCACCCACAGAAUUAGUGACUUAUUCAAAAGAGGUUCAGACAUUAGAAAUUAAUGAAAAAGAUCCAAUAAAUAGUCCAACACUUCAAGAGAAUCGUUUAGUUGAUGCGAGUCGUUUAGUCUACGGAAGUGAUAGUGAUAGUGAGGAUGACUCAAUGAGUUUAGAUACAAAAAAGAUAUUGGGUAUUGUUGAAGACGGUAAACGACGAUCAAAACAAAAACAACUUCAAUCACAACAAAAACUAGAAAUGACCGAUGAAGAAAAAGAACAAGUGUUUAAAAGUGAUGAUUUUCAAACUUUUUUUCAUCGCUCCUCACGUAUUAUAGAACGAACACUGUAUGAAGGAUUCACAGCGCCAGAUAUUUUCAAAGACUACAGUGGACGAGAUACGAUUAAAAAUGAAAAAAUGGAUAUUGGAGAAAUAAUUAAAUUUGAUCGUGAAUUUUUUGAUGAACGAUGGACAAAACAUCGUAUUGUCACGUGUAUUGACAUUUCAACAUAUUAUCCAGAAUUGGUCCUCGCAUCCUAUUCACAAAAUGAAGAAUCACCACAUGAAUCAGAUGGCGUGGCGUUAGUAUGGAAUACGAAAUAUCGACAAAAACCAACGCCGGAAUAUGUAUAUAAUUGCCAAAGUUGGAUAACAUCCUGUUGUUUUAGUAAAUUUCAUCCAAAUAUCAUCUUAGGUGGUACCUACUGUGGACAGAUUGUUGUAUGGGAUACACGCACCAAUAAACGCACACCUGUUCAACGUACCGCUUUGUCGGCAUCUUCUCAUACGCAUCCUGUCUAUUGUUUACAAGUGAUCGGUACACAAAAUGCAAAUAAUCUAAUAUCAAUUUCCAAUGAGGGCAAAAUGUGUUCAUGGAAUAUGGAAAUGAUGUCACAACCACAAGAAAUUAUGGACCUAGCGUACAAAUCAAAACCCGUUGCUGCAACAUGUUUGAAAUUUCCGGGUCUUGAUGUUAAUAAUUAUGUUAUUGGAAGUGAAGAAGGACAAGUAUAUUUGGGGACAAGACAUGGGAAUAAAGCGGGUAUUAAUGAAGCGUAUGAAUCCCAUUUUGGACCAAUAACGGGUAAGUUAUGUAUGAGGCAUAACAUGUGGAAUAGAAACGAUGUACUUUUAAGAAUAAUGACGUUUUAG